AUGCAUCCCGAUCAUCUACUGGAAAUGAAAAAUGGAUUGGACAGUCAGACGGCAGCAGCACGGUUGGAAGCCCUGGGUCCCAACUUUAUAGAAGUCACUGUGCCCACCUUUUUGCACGCCUUAUGGGAAGAAUUGACAGGCUUCUUUUAUCUUUAUCAGCUUCAAAUUCUUUGGUGCUAUUUUUAUUUGGCUUAUUGGCAAAUUGGUCUCUCCGAUACCUGUGUUAUUUUACUCGCCGCCUUGAUCAAAGUGAUCGUCAGGAUUAAAUCCGAGAAAAAAAUCAAGAGCAUGGCAGAACAUACCUCUACGUGUCAAGUGCUAAGAGAUGGACAAUGGCAGACCGAUUUCUCGACCAUGCAUCUAUUACCAGGCGACGUGUUUCGCGUCGAACCCCAUCACAUCGUUCCUGUCGACGCUGUGAUUCUCUCGGGUGAUAUCGUGGUCGAUGAAAGUUCCUUGACCGGUGAGCCUUUACCUAUUCGUAAAUUUCCUUUACGUCAUCAACAGCAGCAGCAACAGCCAGUCAAUGAAAAGGCGAUGCAAGACCAGAGCCUCUUUUCAGAAACAGUCGUAGUAGAAGCAGCGAAUGCGAUCGCUUUAGUGUUGAAGACAAGAACGGAUACAGACAAAGGGCAACUGAUUCAACGUAUUCUCUUUCCUCAAAUGGUCUCGUUUAUAUUCAAUGAACAGCUCAAGGUUGUCUUUGGCAUACUGUUGUUGUGGGCCAUUGUCCUCUUGGCCUUUGGUAGUUGGUGGUUAGGCGGUACGGGUAUGACAGCUUGGUUUUAUGGUAUGACGUGUGCUGCUCAAGUGAUGAACCCACUUUUGCCAGCGAUUCUCGUGGUGGGUCAGUCGGUCGCGGCCGGUCGAUUAAAAAAGAAAGGCAUCUACUGUGUUGAUUUCCCAAGGAUUUUGAUGGCAGGAAAGGUGCAAGUGUUUUGUUUUGACAAAACCGGCACACUGACGAACGAAGGAUUAGAAUACUAUGGCGUUCAUCCAUGCAUAGAGGAAGAAGAAGACGACGCGGGACAAAAAAGACUGGAUGCGUUGUAUCCGCGCUACAGCGAUCUCUCGGCGGGAUCCGAGCAUCAACGCUUGUUACAGAUGGGCCUUGCGUCCUGUCAUUCGGUCACUGUUUUGGAGGACGAGUAUAUCGGUAAUCCGGUCGAUAUUGUCAUGUUUCAAAGCACGCAAGCCAAACUCGUUUCUAGGGGGGAAGAAGAUGCUCAUGACACGAUCGUUCCGCCUGCGCCGCUGCCUACGUUGCAAGUUCUUCAGCAAUUUGAAUUCCAGCAUGCGAGAGCUUCCAUGUCGGUGGUAGUCAAGGAUACGCGUACCGGUCAUAGCCAUGUGUUUUGUAAAGGCUCCUUUGAACGCAUGGCCGAGAUCAGUCAGCGUUUACCGUCCAAUUUUGAACACGUCACGACUGUAUCGGCUCGUCAAGGGUGUUAUGUCCUGGGGAUGGCGCAUCGCGAUUUGGGUAUCCUGACCGAGGAGGAAGAAAUGGAACUUUGCACGCACGGUUCACGAGAUGACAUAGAGGCCGGUGUGGAGUUUUUGGGUCUUGUGUUGUUUAAAAACGUGUUGAAAAAAGACACGGCGGCUGCGAUUCACCAAUUGAAAGAGGGCGAUGUACGUACAGUGAUGAUCACAGGGGAUACUGUCUUGACCGGUGUGUUUAUUGGACAGCAAUGUGGAUUGGCCGAUCCUCAUACGCCCGUGGUGGUGGGGGAUAUGGUUCCCGUCGCCGUCGUUAACGACGAGGAGCAGCUCCACUUGAAGGAUGAAACAGAAAAAGGACGCGACGCGAGACAGCAGCAGCAGCAGCAACAGCAAGCAGCAGCGCCCAUCAUGACAGAGACACUGGUAUGGUACGAUUCGGAAACCCACAAAAGAAUCGAUCAUGUGGAUAUUGCGUUGGCCAAUGGCAGCGAGCUUGCUCUCACGGGCAAGGCUUUCCGUUAUUUGUCAGCGCAGCAGGAAGGAGGAGGCAUGCGACAGUACCUGUUUUCGACGCGUAUCUUUGCGCGUAUGACACCGAUCGACAAGAUGCGAUGCGUAGAAAUGAUGAUGGAGCGGGCGAUUACGGCCAUGUGUGGCGACGGCGGCAACGACUGCGGUGCGCUGAAAGCCGCGCAUGUGGGCAUCGCCAUGUCGGAAGCCGAAGCGUCGGUGGUAUCGCCUUUUAGCACGCCCCAUCGAUCGGUGCAGGCGUGCGUGGAUUUGCUGAUACAGGGCCGUAGUGCGUUGGCCACGUCGUUUGCCAGCUACAAGUACCUGAUCAUGUAUGGUGAAACGAUGGCGUGCACGAAACUGGUCUCUUUUUACUACACACUGGGCUUUUCGCAGUGGAAUUUCAUCUUGAUCGAUGCGUUCAUCACGGUGUUUUGUUCCUUUGCGGUCACUCAAGCCGGGGCGGCGCGCAGGUUGUCACAGCAUCGGCCGACAGCACGUCUGCUGGGGCCCGAAGUGGUGGGGUCGUUGGUAGGACACAUCGUGAUCAAUGCAUGGUUUUUGAUAGGGGCCCUCGUGUGGCUGUACACGCAAGACGACUUUUUCCGGUGCCAUGAAUGGGACGCGCGUGCGACGGAUGCGUCGAAAUGGUGGCUGCUCGGUGAUAGCUUUGAAGUAGACGUCUUGUCCUUUGUCGUGCUCUUCCAAUUCAUCAACGCGGCGAUGGUGUUCAAUUACGGCUACCUCUUUCGACAGCGAUGGUACCGCAAUUAUCUGCUGCUCGUCAUCUGGGCCGUGUUUGUGACAAUCGUUAGUUUUUGGGAACUGGCCGAUCCCAACGUCUUUGGGUGUGCUGUGCGUUUGAACUGCGGAGACCCUGACGUAUUGGUACAACUUGGCUAUCCUCGACCUACGUGGUAUAUUGAGCCUUACAACAACCCGUCCGGACACAAUGUGUUGCCAAGACGUUUCCGUUAUCAAUUGUGGGCCUAUUCAAUAGGGAAUAUGUUGACUGUCCAUGUGUGGGAGAGAUGGGUUAUUCUAGGACCGGUGAGACAAUGGCUGAGACGUAGAUAUCCCUUGGACCGCUUACAAGUAGCUCUUUAA